AUGGCGUCCAUGUUCGCGGGUCCGUCCCGCAGGCAGCAUGGUGAGAAUGUGGUGACAUAUAGGCAUUUGCUGAGUGCCGCGGCGAUGACCGUCUUCAACCCUUUGCGAGUGGUGGGACACUGCGAUAUCGACGCCGCAUUUGCUCAGUUUGAGCAAGUACGGCUAGGCCUCCCCGACGACGUGCCCAUCAUCUGCGCACAGUGGAACUCGAUCAUUGCGGUCAACUAUCCGGCCCGCAAGUUCGGUAUCAAGAGAAUGACUCUUAUCGAGGAUGCCAAGAAACUCUGCCCAGACCUCGUGGUCCAGCACGUCGCUACUUAUCGUGAAGGCGAGAGCGAGGCUGGAUACUGGGACGACGUCGACCGAAGGACGCACAAGGUAGGUUAUCCGCAUGAGCCGCUAGCUAACUUACAGGUCAGCCUUGACCCGUACCGCCGCGAGAGCCUCAAGAUUCUCGCCGUAUUCCGGGAGAUGGCCCCAACGGCCGAGCUGGAGAAGGCGUCCAUUGACGAGGCGUUCUUGGACCUCACCCCCAUGGUCAUUGAACGUAUCCUCUCCUCAUACCCAUACAUUGCCACUGUUCCAGACGAUGCGCCAGACGGUCUCGACAUGCCACUUCCUCCACCACCAGCAAUAGACUGGUCGCGCGCCGGAUCUGUGUUCCCACUCCAGGUCGAUGACGAAACUGAAGUCGACGUCGAGGACGAGGCUGGCACAUGGCAAGAUCUCGCACUGUGUAUCGGCGCCGAGAUCAUGGCGGACGUUCGAGCGGAGGUCAGGAAGCGGCUGCAUUAUACGUGUUCGGCAGGUAUCGCACAUAACAAGACAAUUGCCAAGCUUUGCUCCGCCUGGAAGAAACCGAACGCCCAGACGGUUAUGCGACUUGAAGCGACGCCUGGGUUCCUGAGGGACAUGGACUUCACAGAUAUCCGAUUCCUCGGCGGCAAGCUUGGUAGCGCAAUGGCUGCCGAGUUCAAUGCCAAGACGGUUGGCGACAUGCUUACGGUUCCGUUAGAGGACCUACAGGCCAAGUUUGGCGAAGAGAGCAUAUGGGUGUACAACAUUCUGAGGGGCAUCGACCACACAGAGGUCAAGGAGAAGCUCGCGACCAAGUCCAUGCUCGCAUCCAAGAACACCAUCCCCAACGUCCGUACCGCAGAACAAGGCCACCACUGGCUGUCUGUUCUUGCUGGCGAGCUCAACGUUCGUCUCCGGGAGGCACGAGGCGUGACGCCCGGUCUGUGGCCCAAGACUCUCGUUCUCUCCAUCCGCUCGUCAGGUGCAGGAGCAUCUCAUUCUCGUCAGGCGCCGUUUCCGUUUACUCGCAACCUCAGCACCGAGUAUAUUGUCAAGCAUGCUCGCAAGCUGUGGGACGAAUCGACCCAGCCGCUAGCGAAGGGGACCAUGAAGCUGAGCAAUAUAGGUCUGGCCUUCACCAGCCUCGACAAGCUUGAGGAAGGUCAGCAAGGGAUCGAGGGCUUCUUCAAAACUGGCAAUGUUGAGAAACGACCACGCGAGACGACAGUCCUGUCAAAUGACUCGUCGUCCAAGCGACCUCGGUUGCCUACUCUCCACACCAAGCCGAAGCCAAACGCUCUCGAAUCGUUCCUCGCCCAAGGCAGGGGGACGCCUCCGCCGGUGGUCAAGGACGAGAUCAAGGACAGCAGUCAUCCUACACCCGAUGCACGACCUUCACCGAGCACGCCGCCUGCUGCAGACACUCCGGGGGCCUGGCAGUGUCCGAAGUGCGAUACGACGUUUACGGCUCCACCUGGCGUACCUGCCGAUGAGCAAAAAGCAUGGAUUUCACACGCAAGGCAAGAGCACGACGACUAUCACUUUGCCCUCUUGCUGCCGCCUGCUGGCUGA